UUGAUGUAGAAAUUUUUCUAUUUGACCCUUUGAAUUCAUCUUCGAAGUAAAGCUCUCUGCUUUCAUAUUAAAAAUUCUGUAAAAACUAAAACGGAGCGUAGUUUUUCAUUUACGAUUUUGGAAAGAAAAACACUAAAUCUACGAUAUCUCAACACUGUUGAGAUCAAUUUUUUACUGAUAACCGCAACAUGAAAAUUUUGCAAAUUGUUACAACAAAAUUUCCUUGUUCCGACUUGAAAUCCAGUGAUAAAACUUCCAAAAUGACUAUUGUCUGUUCGAAUUACUUCUCGAAUACUUUGAUUUCGUGAAAAUCUUACAAGAACUUGAAUUUUCAGUAUUUUCUUUACAAUACGAUGAUUUUUCAUCGUGUUUCUUCUCUAUUGCAAGUUUAACUAUCGUACUUGAUGUCAAGCCGAUUCAGAUACUUCGUUUCAAAAAUCACCGGAGUGAUCUCAAGAACUACUCGUUAUGGAUGCAUAACCUAUUGCAUUCUAGAGUUUAUUGGAGAUAUCUCGAUUUGUUCCGGUCCUUCGAUGCAACCAACUUUAUACACCGGUGAUAUAGUUAUAAGCGAAUUUAUUAGUAUUAGAAAUUAUCGUUUCAAUUACGGAGAUAUCGUAGUAUCUAAGUCGCUGUCGGAUCCUAAACAAUUCAUAUGCAAACGAAUAACAGGGUUACCCGGUGAUAAAAUGAAGAUGAAUUUUGCAAAGUAUCAAUACGUUCCUAUGGGCCAUGUUUGGCUGGAAGGUGAUAAUCGUGAUUUUUCUUCCGAUUCCCGUGAUUAUGGACCUGUACCACAAGGAUUAAUAAGAGGUAGAGUUAUAUGCCGAGUUUGGCCAUUGAAAGAUAUUACCAUGUUAACUGUAAGAGCGGAAUGAUUUUUAAAAUUAUGUUCGGGUGUAAAGGUUUUUAAGUAAUAUACGUUAAAACGUUGUGUUGUAUAA